GGAGGGAAGCAGAAACGUCCGGAACCAUUGAGCGAGCGAGCAUCGCCAGCCCUCGCGGCUUCAAGUUGGUUUUCGGCGUCGAGUCGACUGGCGUUCCCCUGAGAGUGAGACCUGGCGCACGUCGGGCGGUUAUAAUAACUCAUCUGCCAUGAGCAUGGUGGACAGCCUCCGCAUCUGGGUGCGAGGCGAAGUGUUUGACCACGGCCUGCUGCACACGCCCUCCCGCGCGUCCGCCAGCUGGACAUCCGCACAGAUAUUCGACUUCCUCGGCAAGCUCAGCCUCACCAGCCCCUCCACCUCAACAUGCGUCACGCGCCAGCAGUGGAUCCAAUUCAUCAGGGACCGCUCCACCGGGCCCCUCCCUCUCUCCGAUCAGGAGGCACUCGCAUACUGGGGCGUCUUCAGCGCCCUCACCGACACCAUCAUGCCCAUGGCGAGCGGCGGCGGCACCGGCGGCGAGUCGGUGUCGAGCUUCAGCCCCGCCACGUCGUCGAGCCACAAGCGGAGCGAUGUGGCCAACGCCACGCCGCUGAGCGAGGCGGGCAUGGCCCCGUCCAGCCCGUCGGGCAUGUCUGGGAGCGGCAUCGGGAUCCCCACCGACUGCUCCGCGCCCUUCAUCGACAUCCGCGUGCUAGGCGUGCUGCUGUACCUCCAGACCUACACGCCCAGCCGGUACCGCGCUUUCAACCUCAAAAGCGAGAUCGACUGGCCCGACAAGGACAGGGUGUCCAGGUCGAUGGACAGCCUCACGGCGCCCGGGUCGCAGGGGCAACACCCCCUCAACUCGCCAAGGUCAAGCGCAUCGUCACCCAGGUAGGUGUGUUUGGGUCUGGCCAGGCUGGGGAGGGGGAGUCAAGGAGGGAGGAGUGCUCUGAUAUAUGUGUGUGUGUGUGUGUGUAUGUGUGUGCAUUGCGGCGUGAAUGCAGGGCUCAGAUAACGACCAAGACGUACAGGCGCGACAACAACCACAUAGUCGACUUCGUCAGGAACAACACCGAGGUCAGCAGACAGGCACCCAGCAUGACCCUGUCCUCUUGUCCAGCAGUUUGUCGUCUGCCUGUCGAUCGGUCGGCCUGUCGGUGUGUGUGCAGCCGCUUCUACAGCUGGUGAGCAGGUGCUACGGGAAGGAUCAGGCGCUGGACGAAAUCGCGUGCGACGACCUGAACCAACUCGCCAUCCUCAUCGCCACGUACUUGCACACGACAAUCAGACCUUUGUGCCAUCCAUCCAUCCAUCCAUGUGUGUGUGUGUCAUUACAAAACAUAUAUAUCAGUGGUGAGCGGCCGCUGGGGAGUGCUUUGCUCGAGGGGCAGGGGGGCGGCAGCAGCCCCACGGAUGCCCUCCCCAUACAACACAUCAAGGUGUGCAUGUCAGGGGGUAUCCGUGUGUGUGGGUGUGAAAGCCACCAAUCCCACCUCUCUGUCUGUCUGUCUGUCUGUCUGUCUGUGUGUGUGUGUGUGACGCAGAAGCUGAUUCGCGAGCGUCUGGUGUGGAAUUGGGAGGAGUACCCGAGCCUCACCGGACCUGACAAGGCCACCUCACUCUCCUCUUCCUCGCUCGCCAAGGUCGGUGCGUCGGUGGAUGUGGGGGCGGGGAUGACGUGUGUUUAUGGUGUGCGGCACUCAUGGUUGUGCGGUCAGGCCAUCAGGGCGGGGGGGUCGAUGAUCGUUGGGGUGAGCAAGGCGUGCAUCAUCCGAGAACAGGUGGGUGAGUGACACAGAUAGAUGAGGGGAGGGAGGGAGGCAUGGGAAGGGAAGGGAAGGGAAGGAAAGACACGGAUGCCUCGUCUCAUGCAGAGCGAGCUGAACGGUGCGGAUUCGGUGCACAUCUUCCAGUGCACCGACUGCACCAUCUACAUCACAGCAAGGUAGGCAGGCAGGCACCUGUCUGGGUGGACCAUCCAUCCAUCCAUCAGAUGGCUGAUUCUUGCGUGUGUGGCGUGUGCUGUCUGUCGUGGUGUGUGCAGGGUGCGGUUCGUGUAUGUGGGGUCGUGCGAGGGCUGCCAGCUGGUGCUGUGUGCGGUGUCGUCGCUGUGCUCCAUCAACAACUCGGAGCGCCUGCAGGUCCACACCAUCGCCAAGGCCAUCAAGUCAGUCAGUCCGGCCUGCGUGCCACUCGCCCCUCCAUCUGCCUGUCUUUGUCGCGUGUGGAUGUUUGCAGGCUAGAGAACGUGACUGACACGACUCUCUACUGCUACUGCCGGCUGCGGCCCAUCCUUACUGGCGACACACGAGCCAUCGAACUAGCACCCAGCAACAGUGAGCACACCCCUCGCCCACAGACACCUGCACCCACACCCACAUCCUUCAUCCUUCAUCCCUCCCUCCCUCCCUGCUGUCUUCCAGUUGUGUACAGCCGUCUCGACACCCUCCUUGAGGGCUCCACGCUGCGGUACGACGAGGAGUGCGUCGACCUCUUCGCCCACCCCAUCUGCUGCGCCCCCAACCUCGCCAACACACACGCUUCCCUCAACCAACCACAGCUGUCGCGCACUCUCCAUGCCCAUGCACUGCGCGCCGGGCUGCAUGGCCAUGGUGCGGGUAGCGGGGGCGGCCCAGAGCCCACGAGCCCCGACGCGCUGAGCCAGACAUUCCCCCCGCGACUGCUGGGGGAUCUGGGGCGGUCGGCGUCGGUUGUGGAUGGGGAUGAGGACGCCGGGCUGACCUAUCGGCUGGUGCACCCUGACAAGUUCCAGGUAUGCAUGGCGGGUGAGUGAGUGGAUCGGUGGGUCGGGGGGUGGGCUGGUUCAUGGUACUGUGUUUGCGGGUGCGGUUCCUGUCUGUGUGUCAUGCUGCAGGCUCUGGUGGUGCCUGAUCGUCGGUGCAGCCCCGGUCGCCGGCCAGCGUCGCAGCCCCAAUCCCCCACACACGUCCCACCCACAGCAGCAGCAGCAGCAGCAUCACCACCAGCUGCAGCAGCAGCAGCAGCAGCAGGAGCACCCACCAGCUCAGCCCUCCCCCGGUCGCCUACGCCCACAUCCGGCACCGCCAGCAGCAGCAGCAAGGAGAGGGAGAGGGACGAGGGGGGCCCGGGCGGUGGAGGUGGUAUUGGUGUGGGUGUGUCGUCGAGGCAGCGGCUGGUGCUGCCGGAGGUGUAUGCCGCGGCCCUGCAGCAGAGGAUAGAGACGGUAAGUGGCAUGGCUGGUGCUUUAAAUAGUGCGCCGAUCGACGGCCUUGUGUGUGUGUGUGUGUGUGUGUGUGGACGUGUGCAGGUGAAGGAGCUGCAGGAGUCUAUCGGCCAGCUGCCCGAGGGGCCGCGGCAAGCCCUGAACAAAUACAUACAGGGACACUUCAGGUAAGCAAGCGGAGCCAAGUCGACCACACACACACACCCAGACAGACAAACAGGCAGACAGACAGACAGCCAGUACCUUGCUGUCCAUGUGUGUGCAGGGAUUGGCUGCAGAAGACAGGUCGUCAGAAGCACAUCAUGGAUCUGAUGAAGAUGGUGGACAGCGACGCGUCAGGGCGGCAGGCCGGCGUGUCCCCACAGAGCAGCGGCUCCAUCAACCCUCCCCCCCUCUCCCUCACACCCCCGCCCCUCUCGUCAGCAAACGGGUCCGCAUCGCCGCCCCAGCCUCUCAGCGACGAUGGCAGCCCUCUGGCCGUCAGGCGAUUAUAGCCAUCCAGCCAUCCAUCCAUCCAUCUGUCGAUGAUGCUGUGGUCGUGUGCUGCUGUCCUGCGGUCGUCUGGGUGUCUGUCUGGGUGGUUUAAUGCAAUGAAUGCAGCCAAGCCAGCAGAGAGGAAGAGACAAAGGAGCGUUGGCUCAGCCUGGCUUGGCUUGGCCCGGGUUGGUUGUUUUUUGUCCCUUGGUACCUCCCUUGUUGGGUUAACGUUGGUUGCGUGGUGAAAGGGUGGUUGGUUGGUCGCUCCAUAAUUACGUAAAAACCGUACGUAACGUAAUUACAUACAUGCCUACAUAAUGUUACACUCCAUUUCAUUCAUUGCAUUGCAUAUAGAUGUGUGUGUGGGUCGGAGGGGGGGGAGGGGGGUGUUGGUUCCUUCCUACGUGACCCCAUCUAUAUGUGUGAGUGCAUCCCACAGGAUUAUUGUUGAGGUUAGAAGGGCAGGAGAAUGACGGACGAGUGAGAAUGAGCAUAGCUAUUGGUGGCUCAAUGGCCCGGUUGGUGGAUGGAUGGAUGGAUGGAUGGCGUGCUCUCCUGCCUCCCGCAGACGGACAGACGGACAUAUGGACAGACAGAGAGACGGGCAGUGACGGUUGGUAUCUCUCAGCUCCCUCUUGUUUGCGUGUGUCAGUGUGCCUCUAUCAAGUGGUGUCGCUAUCUAUUAUGUGUGUGUCUCUCUCUCUGUGUGUGUGGUGUUUCUACGUCUCAUGGCCGCUCACUGGCUUGCUGUGCGACUGUCUGUCUGAUCGACACUGACUGUGCAGCUUUAUAUUUGUG